AUUUCUUUUCCUCUUCACAACUCGCUACCUGUUUCUGCAAGUGCAACUUCAGAUUCAUCACAACAAAGAUGGCAUCAGUUCUUUGUUUUGCUGUGCUUUUGCUGAUCAGCCGACAGCAGCUUCUGACAUCUGCAGCUGACGGUGGCGCCUGCUCUGGUUGGAUUCCGUUAAGUGGUCGCUGCUUCAAGUAUUUCCAAACUCCAGAGUCUUUUGCCAAAGCAGAAUCUCACUGUGUUUCAAACGAUUCCCAUCUGGUCUCGCUCAGAAGUAAGGAAGAGCUCGAAUUUUUGAGAACUCUGGUGUAUAUUGUGAAUGCAGACAUUAAAUCUGUCUGGACCGGGGGCUAUAAUAGACCUGAGGAUGAGGAAUGGAAGUGGUCUGAUGGUACCACGUUCCCUCAGAUCCUCUGGAACUGGGGGGAGCGAAACAUUGACACUGUGGGAAACUGCAUGGUGAUGAACAUCCCAGUGUCCGAAAGUGUUUAUUUUGAUAACCUGAAGUGUACAGAAGAAAGAUCUUACGUCUGCAGCAAGGACAUGUAAUGGCCACCAGGUCGCAUCCUCCACGAUGAUGACAUCACUCCCACUGAGAUGUCAGGCCUCGAUGACAUCAACGCGGGAAAGUUUAUUGCUAAUUUUGAUCCACUUCCAAUUCACUUUAUUUUAUUCUCAAUGUAACAACAAUCUCAGACCAGAAAUCUACACUUCAGUCUGCAGAUUUUGGUUUCAUUUAAUAAACUUUACUUGUGAAUUGAAAGUGAACUUAAAACUACUUGCAUUCAAUAAAGACAAAAAAAAUAAAA